ACUUUUCCCAAUUAAUAUUGCCAUCAUUCUACAUACAGUACAGUACAUGUCAGCAUCUCCUGCUAAAUCUUCCUAAACCCCAUUCAGGCACUCAUUACUUUCAAAUUUCUUGCUUUUCCACCAAAAAUUCAACCCCUCAAAAACCCAAAACUUACUCUGCAAUUUCUCCAUCUGGGUAUUCUUUUUCCCUUUCUAUUUUCGAUCAUCAAAAAGGAUCUUUUGAUGGGGAGCGCAAACUCAAAAGCAGAGAAAACAGCAGCACUAGGAAUGUGCAAGCAAAGGAAACGCCUAAUCAACCAAGCAAUUGAUUCAAGAUACAGUCUUGCUGCUGCCCAUAUUUCUUACAUUCAAUCCCUCAAAAGCAUCGGCAUUGUACUUCGACGCUUUGCAGAAGCUGAAGUUUUAAUCGAAUCAUCAAUUUCUCUCUCUCCUACUCACCACACUGACAAAACCCCUUCUCACUCUUCUUCUUACCACCCUUCUCCUUCCCUUUCCCAUGACGAAGUUGUCGAGAUUUCUUCCUCUGAACCCAGGGUAAGUUGCAUGAAAUCAGGCGGUUCUGGCGGCGGCGGUGUUGCUGUUACUUUAAGUUAUAAUCCUAGUACUAACAUCCAUAGCUUUGUCGAUAAUAAUGAUGACGAUUCCUUAGUUUUCCCGAUGCCUCCACCGCCGCCGCCGCUUCCUGAAUCGGAAGCUUCUUGGGACUAUUUUGACACUGGAGGAGAGAGAAAUGCAGGCGAGGCGGAGAGUUUCCGGUUUGUGGGGUUAGGUUGUGAGUCGUCUGACGGUGGUGGGAGUAUUAGGUUGUGGGGUGAAGACGAGGGUAAAGUUGGGAAUUUACACAAGGUUGAGAGUAGAGUUAGUAAAAUUGGGGGUGGUGAUAGUAAUUCUGGGCAGAAAUUGGAAAAUCAAGACAAGGAAUUGAAUGAAGAAAGGGAGGAUCCAUCAGAGUUUAUAACCCAUAGGGCUAAGGAUUUUGUAACAAGUAUUAAGGACAUUGAGACCCGCUUUUUUCGGGCUUCGGAAUCGGGUAAAGAGGUCGCUAGGAUGUUUGAAGCUAAUAGAAUCCGGGUCGGGUAUGCUGACGCUAAAGGGAGCUCAUCUUCAUCAGAAUUUUUAGCGGCUUGUCCUUUGGUUUUUUGUCGUGGUAAAAGUGUUCAUGCAGCAAACGAAUUUCAACCACAAAACGUGCCCAAGGUUAUUGUAUGGAACCGGUCUACAUCCUCACAAUCGUCAUCAUCAAGGAAUCCUCUUGCCUCUGCAUCUAAAGAUGAUGCAGAUGACAGUAGCAGUGAGUGUGUAGAAGAGUUCUGCAUGAUUUCGGGAAACCAUUCCUCCACUCUAGACAGGCUCUAUGCAUGGGAAAGAAAGUUAUACGAUGAAGUCAAGGCAAGUGAAGUUAUCAGGAAGGAGUAUGACAGGAAAUGUGACCAACUGAGGCAUCAGUUUGCUAAGGAUCUUAGUACUCAUGUCAUUGACAAAACCAGAUCAGCUGUUAAAGAUCUGCACUCGCGAAUCAGAGUGGGUCUUCAUGCUGUUGAUUCCAUAGCAAAGCGCAUCGAGAAAAUGAGAGAUGAAGAGUUGCAACCACAACUCACUGAACUGAUUACAGGAUUCAUCAGGAUGUGGAAAGCCAUGCUAGAAUGCCAUCAUGCACAGUACAUAACAAUAUCAUUAGCUUACCAUGCCAAGACUACUAUGGGGACUUUGGGAGGUGAAACACGCAAGCAAAUAAUGGCGGAACUCCAGUAUGAAUUUGAGUGCUUUGGUCUUAGUUUCGCCGACUGGAUGAACAGCCUUACAUCCUACGUGGAAGCUAUCAAUGGAUGGCUACAAAAGUGUGUGCUGCAGCCUCAGGAACGCACUCGAGGGAGUAGAAGGCCAUUUUCCCCUAGACGUGUCGUGGCCCCACCAAUAUUUGUCCUGUGUCGUGAUUGGUCAGCAGGGAUCAGAGCUUUGCCUUCUGAAGAGGUGAGUGAUGCCAUUAGAAGCUUCUUAUCAGACCUGCAGCAACUGAUAAAGCAACAGCAGCAGGUAGAAGACAAAAAGGAGACUGCAGUUUCAGAAAGCAAAGGGGAAUUACAAGGGAAGGAUGAAGUUACCAAUGAGGGUAAAUCUGAGAAUUUGGGGUCCGUUCACACAAGUUUGACAAAGGUGCUUGAUAAACUAACCAAAUUUUCUGAGGCUUCCUUGAAACUUUAUGAAGAUAUAAGACAGAAAAAUGAGGCAGCUCGUCUUGCAUAUUUGAAUCCCAGGCCUUUCAGAUAUUGAAAAGUCCAUGUAAUUACUACUGGUAAUAUAUCGAUGCUUGCUUCUUAUACGUCGAGUUUCAGAGUUAUUCUCUGCAGUGUCUGCAAGAGCUAGGUAGGCUAACAAUCAGCUAGAAAAGCAAGAUGCUUAUAUUUUCUUAAAUUGUGAACUUAAUCAGUGUGUUGUUUGAUAAAUGAAAAUGGAUUCACGUCUUGUUUGAUGAACAAAA